AUGUCUACAUCAUACCAACAAGACGAGCAGAAGGACUCCCCUCAGUCCCCUGGACAGAACCAGCAGGGCAACAACGACAACAACCCAUUCGGUCAGCAGCAAGGCGAUGACAACGACCAGCAACAAGGACAGGACCAGGACCAGAACCAGAACCAAGACCAGCAGCAGCAAGGUCAAAAUGAGUCCGAGUCCAAGGAUGAUUCUAACAAGGACGAGUCCAAGCCCGACACAGAGAACGCAAAGGCUGAGACACUCGGUGACAAGGACGAGAAGCCUGAGCAAGCCGAAUCUCAAGAGUCAAAGCCUGAAGAGUCAAAGCCUGAAGAGUCAAAGCCUGAAGACAAUCCCGAAGACAAGCCUGAGCAGGCCAAGUCUGACGACAAGAAGCCCGAGGAGGUGAAGAAGGAAGAAGACGACGCCAACUCCAAGCCUGAGCAGGCAAAGGCUGAGGCCAGCAACAAGUCCGAAGAGGCCAAGCCCCAGCAGAAGAAGCGACAGCCACCUGUCAAGCAAGAGGAGGAGAGCGAGUCUGAGUCUGAAGACGAUGACGACGACGAUUUUGAUUCUGAGGAUGACUCCGAAGAUGAUUCCGAGGAGGAAGAGGACUCUGAAGACGACGAGUCUGAGUCCGAGGAGGAGGAGGAUGAGCCGGCUACCCCGCCUCAGCAAAAAGAGCCCGCUCGCCGAGGCGGUAGGCGAGGAAACAAAAAGGUAGACGACGUAAGACGUCGACGCCCAGCUUGGCUCGACGAAGAAUCUGACGAUGAGGGUCGAAAACAGUUCUCCGCAAGCGACGAGAAGAAACAGCAAAUGCAGCAACAGCAGCGUCAACAGCAGCAGAUGCAACAACAGCAACAACAGCAACAGAUGCAGCAGCAGCAACAACAACAGCAGGGCGGCGGCGGCGGUAAGAGUGACGCCCUCAGUCUGCAUCUGGAGCUCAACCUCGAAAUCGAAAUCGAACUCAAGGCGAGAAUCCACGGUGAUCUCACAUUGGCACUACUGUAA